UCAACGUCCAACUCUAUUAGCCUACGAGCAAAUGGACCAGACGGUCCUCCUCCUGCUCAUCGUCUCGGCGGCCUCGUGCGUCAACGUGGCCCUGACCGAAGCCCCGGCGCGACCAGCCUGGCCCGUGGCUCUAGCUGCCUACUCCGUCUGGGCGCUCGCCUCCGUCGCGCUGGCCGUGCUCGGUGCUCCUCCCGCGCCGCCACCCCGAGUGAUCCGAGAGACCGCGUCUCCGGCGGCCGCCGUCCGCGUCCACGCCCCGCGAUCGAUCACCGAGAGCAUGGCGCGGCCAUGGCCCAUGGCGGCAGCCGACGGUUCGCCGGCACCCCACACGCUUCACGAUACCCUCUGAACUAAGGUGAGUAUACAUGGCCCACGCGUCAAUGACAGAAUCGAGUUUGUGGAGGCACGCAUCUCGUUGUCCAGCUCUCUCCAGGAGAACAAACUGACACAGUCGACACGAGACGACGAGUCCGGAGCACCAGCGCGACCAAGAGAACUAAUUGUUCACUCCAGUGCCCGUCUGCUCCUCGUAUCUGUUGGUAUAUCCAUGUAUUGAGUAACGUUUGUACUGGUAGUAUAUGGCUAAAGAACAGAUGGUGAACGUGUAUUGGUCUCUACUACAACUACGUAUUGCACAUUAAUAAAGUUGUGAGUCGACAAUGUAUUGUCUA